CUCUCUCUCUCUCUCUCUCUCUCUCUCCCAAUCUUCUCUCUCUCUCUCUCUCCCUCUCUCUCUCUCCUCUCGCCGUGGUGACACACUGUGAGUCUGCAGAGAGACAGAGGGAGGAAGAUGGAGACAAGUGAAAAAAGAAAGACGAGGCCCAGCCCAUCUUCCCAUUGAUCUUGAGGCGACCAAGGGAAUCGACACAGGACAGGAGACACUGAGACCGAAUCAAAGAUGGGUCCAGGGAAAUCGAACUGGAAGUUCUGACCUCUGGAUUUCUCAGAACAUAUUUAACUCUUCUCCCUCUGCAGAGUUUGGAUCCGUGUGACCAGUCGGACAAUGGAAGUCUGAUCUGAGACCUGGUGUAAAUUCUUUUUUGGAUUCUUAAUCAUUGUGGAAACUGGAUUCAUGUUGGAUCAGGUUCACAUCCGGGAAAAGGUCAUGCGAACACUACUCCAGGUUGGAUAAUUAUUCUAGAAAACAUGGGGAAGUGUUUUCUUUAGCAGCGACAUCAUGAGCUCUGACCAGGAUAUCUCGUUGGCUUGUGUAGCCAGAGGAGGACGACAUGCAGACACACUUUCUCUUUAACACAAACUUGUAGCUCACACAAGUAUGGACUGAAACUUUGGAUUUGUAUUUCUUCCACCUUUGGCUUGGGGAAAAAACAACGAAUCAGAGCAAAGGUCAUUAACCUCACACGGGACCUGGACCCUCAGUGGGCGCAUACAUGCACCUUCACUGCUUUGCAGCAGGAGGACGCCGGUUUUCAGCCGACUGAGGUGCGGACGGAGCGCGAGGCGGUCGGCUGGCUUUGAGUCAGCUCCAAUGGGGGCCGGUUGUGACCCGGUCUGACCCCGGUUUGACCUUGCAGUGACCUCUGACCUCUCCGGUCCUGGCUCUCCACCUGCUCUGCUGCCUGGGUUCGGGAACGCUCCGCCCUGGGGCCCAGAACGAGCCAAUCAGAAUGAAGAAGAGCCGCAGCGUGCUGUCGGUGACUGGAGAAGAGGGCAACGACACUGAUGUAACAGGUGCCGGGGAGAAGGCGGAGUCAUCGCGCUACAGCAGAUCUUAUACAUCUGGGGCCACUCUGGGGGCCGAGCUGCGCAGAGGGCGGAGCAGGAGACUCUCAUCAAGUCUCCAGGUGCCCUGCUGGCUCCGCCCAAGAGAUCGCACCCGUUCACCAGAGGUCCUGAGCAACGUGUCCCGUCCCACAACUCUCCCUCUCCGAAUCCCACCACGCAUCUCCAUCACGCAUGCCGACACCGACAGCUACGAAACAGAAAAUGGCGUGUCACCGGGUCACAGCCCCCUGGGCUCGCAGAGUCCAGGCCUCACCCUGCACACCUCCUUCCCCUCGGGCCAGAGAAGAGAGUCCUUCCUCUACCGCUCGGACUCCGACUACGACAUGUCGCCCAAGACGGUCUCUCGAAACUCCUCCCUCGCCAGUGAAGGGCACACGGCAGAGGACUUUAUCGUCACACCUUUCGCUCAGGUACUGGCCAGUCUUCGAUCAGUACGGAGCAACUUCACCAUCCUCGCCAACGUCUCCACGCCAACAGUCAAGAGGUCUCCUCUGGGCGGAGUGUGCGUCAGUCCCAGGGCGACACUAUCAGACCAGGAGUACCAGCAGCUCGCCCUGGACACUCUGGAGGAACUGGACUGGUGCCUGGACCAGCUGGAGACCAUUCAGACUCACCGCUCCGUCAGUGAAAUGGCCUCCAACAAGUUUAAGAGGAUGCUGAACAGAGAACUGUCCCAUCUGUCGGAGAUGAGUCGCUCUGGUAACCAGGUGUCUGAAUACAUCUCCAGCACCUUCCUGGACAAGCAGAACGAUGAGGAAAUCCCGUCUCCCACCCUGAAAGACAAACCCAUGAGUCACAUCAGCGGCGUGAGGAAACUGUCUCACAGCUCCAGCCUCUCCAGCACUUCGAUGCCUCGCUUCGGCGUCAACACAGACCACGAGGACGAGCUCGCCAAGGAGUUGGAGGAUCUGGACAAGUGGAGCUUCAACAUAUUCAGAGUCGCAGAAUUCUCCAACAACAGACCGCUCAGCUGCAUCAUGUACACCAUCUUCCAGGAGCGCGAGCUGUUGAAGACGUUUCGAAUCCCACUCGACACCUUUGUCACCUACGUGAUGACCCUGGAGGACCAUUACCAUGGAAACGUAGCGUACCACAACAGCCUCCAUGCUGCGGACGUCACCCAGUCCACACACGUCCUGCUGUCCACACCGGCCCUUGAUGCCGUCUUCACUGACCUGGAGAUCCUGGCCUCUCUGUUCGCUGCAGCCAUCCACGACGUCGACCACCCUGGCGUCUCCAAUCAGUUCCUCAUCAACACCAACUCAGAACUGGCCCUCAUGUACAACGAUGAGUCAGUGUUGGAGAACCAUCAUCUCGCUGUCGGCUUCAAGCUCCUGCACCAGGAAAACUGUGACAUUUUCCAAAACCUCACCAAGAGACAGCGGCAGAGCCUUCGCAAGCUCGUCAUCGACAUGGUGUUGGCCACAGACAUGUCCAAACACAUGACCCUGCUGGGUGACCUGAAGACCAUGGUGGAGACGAAGAAGGUGACGAGUUCUGGUGUUCUGCUGCUCGACCACUACACAGAGCGAAUACAGGUGCUGAGGAACAUGGUGCACUGUGCCGACCUGAGCAACCCCACCAAGGCGUUACCGCUGUACCGACAGUGGACGGAGAGAAUCAUGGAGGAGUUUUUCCGACAGGGCGACAAAGAGCGAGAGAGAGGGAUGGAGAUCAGCGCCAUGUGUGACAAACACACAGCGUCUGUGGAGAAGAGUCAGGUGGGUUUCAUCGACUAUAUCGUGCAUCCGCUGUGGGAGACGUGGGCCGACCUGGUGCACCCGGACGCCCAGGAGCUCCUGGACACGCUGGAGGAGAACAGGGAGUGGUACCUGAGCACCAUGCCCCAGUCUCCCUCGCCUCCCCCGGACCGACACCUUCAGCACGACCGCUUCCAGUUCGAAAUCACCCUGGAGGACCUGGAGCACAACAACCACAACCACGUGCACCUGAAGAACGGCAACGGCGGGGGGAGGGAGAUCUGCGACGUAGACAGGACGCAGGAGGACCGGGCGGAGCCCAAUGGCGAGGGACAGAACCACGUAGGAUCUGACAAGGAAGAAGACGAGGAGAAUCACAACAGUAAACAGAAUGGAGUCCCGGAUGAAGAGGAAGAGGAGGAGGAGGAGGAGGCCAGAGAAGAGGAGGAGGAAGAAGAGGAAGAGGGGCAGGAAAACGGAGUGGAGCAAUUAGAAGAGGACGGAGCAGAGCAGAUGGAUGAAAUGGAAAAGCAAGAAGAUGAUGAUGGAGAGGACGACGAGCAGACCAAAGAGGAAGAGGAGGAGGAGGAGGAGGCCAGAGAAGAGGACGAGGAGGAGGAAGAGGGGCAGGAAAACGGAGUGGAGCAAUUAGAAGAGGACGGAGCAGAGCAGACGGAUGAAAUGGAAAAGCAAGAAGAUGAUGAUGGAGAGGACGACGAGCAGACCAAAGAGGAAGAGGAGGAGAUCGAGAAAAGUCAGGAGGAGGAGGAGACUAAAGAGGAAGAGGAGGGGAUCGAGAAAUGUCAGGAGGAGGAGGAGACUAAAGAGGAAGAGGAGGGGAUUGAGAAAAGUCAAGAGGAUCAACAGGAGGAGGAAGAAGAUGUUGGAGAAAAUGAGGAGGCAAAGGGUGAUGAGGAAGAAAUUGUAGAAGAGGAGGAGGUAGAAGGAGAAAUAGAUGGAGAGAGAGACAUGGAAGAAGAGGAGGACGACAAAGUUGAGGAAGAGGAGGGUGAGAAUGAGGAGAAAGUGGAAGAAGAGGAGGGAGAGACAGAAGAGAAUGUAGAGGAUGUAGAGGAUAAAGGAGAUGAGGAGGAGGCAGAGGAGGAGGAGGAGGAAAAAGGAGAGGAAGAGGAGGCAGAGGAGGAGGAGGAGGAAAAAGGAGAGAAAGAGGAGGAAGAGGAGGCGCCAGUUGAGGAAGAAGAAGAGGAAAGUUAGUAGGGUGUAAAAUCACAAAUUGAAAGCAUCAGUGAGGAAAAAGGUGAAGAAGAGAUGAAGACGUGCGUAACGAAAUCCGUUGAGGCUUCGACAGUCAGCUGUGUGACUGCUGAGGAAGAGGAUGAAGAGGAGGGAGAGUCUCACACGAGCCUCUCAGACGCAGACGUCUUAACACGAACUUCAGAGCUCGCAGAGAAACGUUCAAUCCCGACAGCGGAGAAAGAGAAACUCUCCCGAGCGAACAGGCGUCUGAAUCAGCCGGUCGUGACCGAAAGACCAGAGUCUUCAUCGCCAAGUAUCCGUACAUCCAUCACUGCCGCAGGCGAUGAACGGGGAUUAAAGUCCUGGAAGCAGGUUUAUCAACUUUUGUAGCUCCUGAAAAAUAAUAAAACAUGCAGGUGGAUUGCGUGUGUGUGUGUUCGCUCCCGACCUCAUGGAUUAUCACCCGUCGUCUCUGUAACACACACCGAGCAUCGAACUCUAAAAAAAACUUCUGUUUGAAGAACGUCAACUUCCUCUUGUUUGUCAGAAAAAAAUAGAAAAAGCAAAACAACGUCUGGAAAGUGUCGUCUGUCGUCUUAUAUCUACGAAACUUUCCCCCGGAGUUCUCCGCCCGAGCAGCUCAGAUAAAUAACCUUGAAGCGACGAUGCUGGAUUUCUGAUUUCUUCAAAGCUCACGAGGCGGGACGUGUUGUGCGUGUCGAUGUCGGUUCAUGUUUAAAGAUAAAAAGAACAAAACAACAGUAUUCAUCGUGUCUCCCGGGACCGCGUGACUUUGACUCCUCUGGGCGAAUCGUGCCAAACUGACCCGGGACCAGCCGCACUGAGCCAACCGGCUCGGCCACCAAGCAAUGAACUGUCGGACCGGGCUAACGGUUGUGAUGGUCUUCCACAAAAUCCCAUUUUUUUUUUUUUUUUUUCUUAUUUUCGUUUGUUUGUUUUUUGUAAAAUUGUAUUUGGCACUUUAUCUAACACCCCUGUUACAUAUAUGUACAUAAUAAACAUGUAUUUUAACCUGCUGAUGU